UUUAUUUAAUGAAAAAUGCGUUUUGUUUAGAUGGAAUACCGCUCAUAAACAUUAUCAAAUUAAUUUGCAAAUAUAUAGUCUAAGGACGUGACACGUAUUUUCUUGUUACUAAUCUCACACAUCUUAAUUUGAUUGACCCAUUUAUCUUCUCCAUUAUUUAGAGCCUAUGACUGAAGCCGUUUAUUUUAAGCCUAAAAAGGGUUUUAGCUUUGGUAAAAAUGAAUUUAUAGCGAUUUACAAGAAGUAUGAAUUCUUCAAUACACAACAGGAAUUCUUUAAACUAGCUGCAAUCUAGUUACAAACAUUCGAUCUUAUGAUUGAAUUAUUUAUUAGUUUUAUAAGACAGAUUAUUUAUAAAAUAAGUACUUUGUCAGCUUGGCUUAGUUUUGUUUGUUUAGUGAUGGUAUAAUUUUAUACAUUUUGAUUAGUUUUAGGCAAUGCUACCUCGCAGUAAUUGUAAUUAAUUUCCUGUGAAUCUCUUUAUUUGUAUAUAAUAGACCUAUCACGAAGCCUAAAAACAGAAAACAUUUUAGUAUCAAAGAUUAUUAUUACUUAAAUUGUGAUCUCAUUUUAUUUGCUAAUUUUGGUUAAAUGUCUGAUUGACACAUAAUUGCAAGCAAAAUGUGAUGUGAAUGAAAUGACAUGAUACAUGAUAAACAGGCAGGGCAGCAUCCUGUAUCCUCUGGAAUUCUAAAGCACUUACUCGCCGCUGAUUGGCUGUUGAGUUUUGACCCUUGUUGGGAUGGACCUGUUGGAUAAAAGGAGAAUUUCUAGAGGGAUCAUGCGUAUUGCGCCGUGGAUGCCUGUGCACAAGGGACCGACUCGUAUGCGAAGAAGGGAAUAGUCUCAGAGGCACCAUGACAGGAAAGGAUGGGGCUGUUUUGUCGGAAAGUUUGAACAAAUCAAAAUCAGCGUGUGCCGCUGAGAACGGGGGAAAUAACAAUCCACAUCUGUCAAAGAGCAGCACCACACAUCCGCCCAAAUGCACGGGCUUCGGCAUCCAGGAGAUCCUGGGACUAAAUAAAGAGCCGUCCUCGGCUCCGCGGAGCACGCUGGACUCGUUCCCUGCCGGGGCGCACCUUCUAGCCAGCAGGUCGAUGCUCGGUCCGGCUGGUGUUGGUGUUGGGGUCGGGAUGGGAUUAAUUGGCCCUGGAGGUAUUCCGUCGUUCUACAGCCAGCCCGCGUUUCUUGAGGUGCUGUCAGACGCGCAGAACGUCCAUCUACAGCCGCUCAACAGGACAGUGGGACCGCUGGAAACGAACCAGUCCGCCAGCUCAGAUUCAGAGGAUGUCUCUUCAAGUGAAAGGAAAUUAUCAAAGUCUUCACUGAGCCAGAGCAAGAAGAGAAAAAAGAGACGACACAGAACAAUAUUUACAUCUUACCAGCUGGAAGAACUGGAAAAGGCAUUUAACGAAGCUCAUUAUCCGGAUGUGUACGCCAGAGAAAUGCUGGCCAUGAAAACCGAGCUGCCCGAGGACAGAAUACAGGUGUGGUUCCAAAAUCGGAGGGCCAAGUGGAGAAAGCGGGAGAAGUGUUGGGGUCGUAGCAGCGUGAUGGCCGAAUACGGGCUCUACGGUGCCAUGGUGCGUCACUCCAUCCCUCUGCCUGAGUCCAUACUGAAGUCUGCUAAAGAUGGCAUCAUGGACUCCUGUGCUCCCUGGCUUCUAGUUCAAGAUGGUUUUCCUACCACCAGCUGCUUUUCUAAACACGAAUACCCACCAUUCUUUGCAGGGAUGCACAAGAAGUCCUUGGAGACUGCUGCGGUCCAACCAAAUGAGAAGUCAGAUGUCACUCAGAAACCGACCAAUCCCAAGCCGGAUGAGGCCGAGCCUGAGGAAAGGAGGACAGAGUCGCCCAUGUCCAAAGAGGAACUGAGGGAGAACAGCAUUGCUGUUCUCAGGGCAAAAGCACAGGAGCACAGUGCCAAAGUGCUGGGAACGGUUUCCUCUGACAGACUAGAGCACAAAAUGGAGACGUCGGCGACGGAGGAGAAGUCCAGCGAACAGUCAGACGCAAAAGAAGAGGAAAAGAGCUCUUAGAUUAUGCACUGUAAUUCCUCCCUUCAUAAUGACAGAAAACAUAGGCUUGGUGUGAAAAUAUCUGAGCUGUUUUUUCUGCACUGACGACACUGGACUUUUGAUUGAUUCUCAAUGUUCCUCUGCAUUUUAUUUCACUUUAGCAAGGUCAAAAGCAUUUAGAAAUUUCCGGUAUUUUAAUAGCAGCAUCAGUCCAUCAUGCCAGUGAUUAAGAGCUUUUUUUUCCUCAAAUAUAGGCUUACAAAAAUUCCAGCCAUAUGAAUAAGGCCCAGUUUAUCAUGUUGGCAGCCUCCUAAGUGCUGUUUGCAAAAUUGCUCAAUAACCAUAUAUAUUUGGAUAUUUAUGAUCUCAUUUCAACAUUAAUAAAAUUGUCAUCAGAAAGUAACAAGUCAAGAACAUACCAGAGCUUUGAAAGAACAAAAUUUAAGUGCGUUUCUUUUCAGUUUUGUACAGUACCCCAUCUUCAAUCUCUCAGUGGUUAAAAGUUGUAAUAGAGUGUAUUGCUGUAUAUAUUGUAAAUUAAGAUAGCCUGCUACAGUAUUGUUUGAACUAUACAUUAAUGUACUGUAGUCUUAUUAUGUGCUUUUUUCGUAACAUGUAAAAUGCAAUACAAAUUAUUAAA